CGACUGGUAAACAGGAACCGAUCGAAUCAAGUUUAAUAUCAUCGGCAUGAGGAAUUUGUUGAUCCUGCGCUAGCAGUACGUUGCAAUACGUAAUAAUAGAGGGAAAAGGACAGUGAAUUACACACUGUAAUUCUCAAUUUUUAGAGUCAUUAAGUUCCAACAGCUUCCAACAUGUACACUCUCUUGUGUCUGUGAGGAUCUGUAUCUCAUCUUUGGAGAGCUUUGGAGUUAAUCAGUGGAACCAGGCAUGCCACUUGUGCAGCUCAGAGAGUCUGACGGUCCCAUUGAAAUCCAGUUGUCUGGCUCUAGUGAGUGGAUUGAAUAUGAUAAACUACAGUUGGGAUCCGCUCACAUCGACAAAUAUGUUAAGGGAACAAUUUCAGUGAAGUAUUCACCGCAUGAACUUGGAACAGGAGAAAAAGUUUUAAAAAUGGUUUUGGAAGAGUCAACUUUGCAGCCGUCAACAGCCAGCCAAGCUUCAAUCAACACCUUUAUAUUUGGAAAGUUGGUGGGAGACUGUGAUAGCAUUCUUAAACAAGGGGACACGGUGGUGCUCAGGAAUUUCCAAGUUAGUGAGUCCUCAAGUGCCAAUAAGGAUGGAAGGCAUGCUUUUCAGCUCGAACUUUCAGAUGAAGCAGGAGCCACUGUGUUUGUUUGUAGCAAAACUGGGCAAGAAUCGGCACCGAUCAUCCAAAAGCCUAAGGUUCGAUUAUGUGAUUAUACGUACAUGCCACUAAAUAUGAUCAAAGAUGGAGUCACUGUAAACGUGUACGGUGUCGUGAAGUUCUUCAAGCCUCCAUAUCGCAGCAAAGGAACAGAUUACUGUUCUACAGUCACCAUAGUGGACCAUUCAGAAGGAAAACUCCAUUGUGUGAUUUUCAACGGGAAUCCUGAUCUGCUUCCUAAAAUCUACAAAGUUGGCGAUGUGGUUCGUUUCCAUAGAGUGAAGAUUCAAGAAUUCAACCAUGAACUUCAGGCCGUCAGUACCCCUGGUUUCUCAGCCUUGACAUUUGAUGGAACUGUGGGAGCGCCCAUUAAACCACGGACAUCCAGCAAGACAUACAAUUUCACAUCUACAGACCAUCAAAAGGUGGAGGAACUGCGCAGAUGGGCAAAUGCAAACAUUUCCAUCCUCAACACAGCGGUCAAACUCUCAGAAGUCAAGCCUGCUGAGUAUUUUGACUUGACCUGUCAACUUGUUGCAAAAGCUGUAGUGGAUCGAUCUGCUGUUAUGCUGAAGGUCUGGGAUGGUACCAAAUGCCCACACCCAUUGAAGCUGGUCCCAGUGGCCAGGGACGCCCUGGAAGGAGAUCUCAGUGAAAUCCGUGGACUGAGCCAGAUGACUGUGGACGUGCUGGUGUACGAUAAUCACAUCAGAGUUGCCAACUCCCUCAAGCUGGGAACAUACCUGAAAAUCCACAACAUUCACGCAAAGCUGACAGCAGCCAGCGCCGAGAAGCGGGACGAGAGUCUGGACGGAGGGCCAGAGAUGGAAUUCCACCUUCAUGGGGGCACGUCAUACGGACGAGGGAUAGUGGUGCUGCCAGCAGACUGCAGUGACGUUCAGUGGCUGAAGCAAUCUUUAGAGUCAGCACUUCCUUCAAAUCAGGAUAGCAUGGACGAGUUUGUGCAGAUGGAAAUACUGAACAGUUCAAGUGGACCUUUGGCAUGUCAAGAAUUCUCACCAGAUUGCGUAGAGCGAUGCCAUCAGGAAUCUGCUACAGUGCUCACAGCUCAUCAGCACAUCAGCACAACCUCACUUCGAGAUGUUUUGGACAAAACAGCUCCUUGCAAACAUCGCAUUAGAGCUAAACUCGUGAAUUAUGAACCCAGAGCUCUCUACCAGUCAGUGAAACUGUAUUGUCCCAAGUGUCGUACACUGCAGGAGAUUCCAGAUGACGAUGACAUUGAUGCCUUGUUGCAAGAUGCUUGCUGUGCUGGUGCCUCAUCUGGUUCCCAGCCACAUGAUGCAGGGUGGUAUGAAACAACUAUCUGGGAACAAGGAGACCAAAGGCGGCGUCAGAUCAUAGUCCGCUUCGUGAAGACAAACAGGUUGCACAGGACUCCAGAACGAUCCACAGUCCUGGUGGAAAGGGUAACUCUGAAUGAGUUGUACCACUUCUCGGAGAAGUUUGGAAAUGUCAUUCCCACCACGUCCAGUACUGAUCACUUGAUACUAAAUGACCUUUCCGUUCCUUUCCUGAUACAAGAUGGGAAAUGGCAUUAUGGCUGCAAGCAAUGCUCUGACCCACAACCAGUGAGUGCUCUUCAGUCCCUGACUCCCAGUGAUUCAUGGGAGCUAACAGCAAUAGCCAAAGUUUUAGGCAUCCAAAGGCUGCAUUAUGUUUUCGUCUUGAAGUUUACACUUGAUGAUGGAACGGGAUCACUCGAUGCAUUUUUGUGGGAUGAAGCGGAACGAUUCUUUGGAAUUCCCGCAGCUGACAUUGUGAUCAGUGAAGUACUUCAGGAAAAGCUAAGAAGAAUAAUGAGCAUGUUGUGUCCUCCAAAGUCAGAUCCAGAAAGCUCUCCAUGGCUGGAAUGCUGCCUCAAGUCCUAUUAUGUCGGGGAAGGCUUGGAGGAGAAGACGUGCUAUCAAGUGUUUGAUACCACAUUUGCAGGAUUUGAAGAGAGCUAACAUUUCAUGAACACAUCCUGAACCAACUUUACCGAGAGUGAGCCCUAAAGUAUUUUAGUAUUUCUUACUGUAUCAAAGACAUCUUUAUCCUUCAUCAGUUAGGGGCGGUUACUAUCCCUUUCACGUUUCUGUACAUUAUUUCCUUAACUAGGAUAAUGGAUGAACAUCAAACCAUUAUAAUCUGUAAGGAUGUAGACUGGAAUACUCUGAAGUUAUAGUACCUUCCCAGCUCUGCCGAUGUAUUUCCUUAUAGUAACACACAGAAAAUGCUGGAACAACUCAGCAGGCCAGGCAGCAUCUAUGAUAGAUAGAUACCAGAGAUACCACCAGCAUAUUGUGUGUGUUGCUUGGAUUUCCAGCAUCUGCUGAUUUUCUUUUGUUUGUGACACUGUAUUUUCUUAUGGUUGAGUUUCUCUCCGCUUAAGUGCAUGAUUGUCCGCUGCCAAGUAUCAAUAAGAAUGGAUUCUUUUUAUAGAACUACUGAAGACAGACAGAUUAUGAAAAAAGCCAUGGUUCAUCAUAAAGCUUAGCUUCACUGCCAACCUUUUUAAACAUAAGUCGUUGCUGGCUAGCUCAGUAACUACAUGUUCACUUUAGACAAUCAUUGCUCAGUUUCUCACUAAUCAUAAAACAGUAAUGUUUAUUCCUGAAAGUUGUUUUAAACUUUCUCCCUCAGCACCUGUAUUAUCUCUUGUAGCUGUCAUUUAGGGAUUUGUUCUGGAUUGUUCACUUUAUAAGGAUUGUUUUAUGCUCCUUUAUGACGCACACAAUUGUAUUUUAAUACGGUUACCCACCCACUGGCUUUAUCCUUCACUAGUUCUCUUCAUGCUUAAAAGACACUGCACAUUUCAUGCAGCCCAUAUUCAGUCGAAUUGUGGAAUCUGAAGCACCUUCCUGCAAAUUUGUUAAGCAAAUUUGUAAGAUGUUUGAGUUCUUUAGAAGUUGGGAUACCUUGCAAUAUUGGUGAACUGUAGUAACUUCAGAUGACUUCAUGACAUGUCCAGUAUAUAGAUAUGGAUGUAUAUAAAAGUUUCUUAGCCUGAAAUUUAAUUUCACAGUUUGUUUUGCUACAUAGCAUUGAAUUUCAGAUUUUGUUUCUUUUUUUAAUCUAUUUUAAAAGCCUUGAAAUGGACUGUAAAGGAAUUUAAACCAUGAAAUUACAUCCAGAGGAGUGCAGUUUCCAAUAUAACUGUAAUCGAUGGAGCAGCACGGGUGUCACCCCACUGUGCAAUGAAGACCAAAACCAGUAAAAUACACAGUGACUGCAGUUUGCAGCUGAUCGGCCACCAGGGGGCAGGUGACUGCGCUCAUUGCAUAGAGAGAUGUAAUUUGGGGCAGUACAGUCCCUCCGAGCAGCUCGCUCCAGCCUGGUAAUUAUAUUGGAGAAAUUAUUCAUUGGAAUGUAGGAGAAUAAGAAUCUUAUAGAGGUGUAUAAAAUCAUGAGGGACCUAGAUAGGGUGAAUGCACACAAUCUUUUUCCCAAAGUUGGAAAAUCAAGAACUCGAGGAUAUAGUUAAGUGAGAGGGGGAAGAACUAAUGAGAAUGUGAGGGGCAACAUUUACACCAGAAGGUAUGAAUAUAUGGAAUAUAUGCCAGAGGUAGUGGUUAAGGCAGGUACAUCAACAACAUUUAAUAAACAUUUGGAUAGGUACAUGGAUAGGAAAGGAGGGAUACGGGCCAAACACAGACAAAUGGGACUAGCCUAGAUAGGAAUUUUGGUUCACCUAGACCAAUUAGGCCAAGGGGUUGUUUCCAUGCUGUAUGACUCUUUACCUCUCUAAAUCCUAACCCAAUGGACACUGAAACAUCCAUGCAAACUGCACAGAAAUACUACUGGCAUAAAAGGGAGGGAGUGGGAAGCUUACAAAAAGAAUAAAGCUGCAACACCAUCAGAGAUGCAAGCAAUAACUUAAAAUCUGACAGCUAUAAAGAGAGGAAGCAAGUGUGAUGUACACGCAGAGAACAUGACACAAAAAUAGCUCUGUAAGGCAUAGGUGCAGAAUUAGGCUGUUCGGCCCAUCAAGUCUGCUGAGCCAUUUCAUCAUGGGUCAGAUGCUUCAGUGGAUUCACCCGCCUGAAGGAUGCUCUUGCGUCAGUCUCAGAGACAGAAAUCAUAGCGUCAUCGGGACUCAGGGAGUUUGUAAAGGUGCCUCCAUCUUCAGGAGUGAACUGGUAUAAUUGUGUGCCAUGGUAGCUUGUGGUUAAUGCAACAUUAUGAUGUCACCACGUCCUAUG